UGGUGACACUUUUAAAAAGGCAUUUAAAACGAGGGCGAACAGCUUUGAAGAUGUUUUGUGAUGUAUGAUAGAGUUGUGGGAGAUACAAAAUGUCAGGUGGUCCUACUGUCCUCCUUUCUGAUGGGAAAUGUAAAGAGCGAUGUAAUAGUGAACGAAAUGGUGGAAGCUAUGAUCCUGUGAGGUGGAGUGAAUAUUUUAACAUACGGGAUGAUAUAGAACUCGAAGGGGGUACAUUUAGAAUCUAUCGUCGAGGUGUCGAAGGGCCUCUCCUCUUCUUCUUACAUGGUGGUGGUUUCUCAGCUUUAACAUGGGCGGUCCUAAGUACUCUUAUUACUGAUCAAGUUAAGUGCCAAUGUUUGGCAGUGGAUAUGAGGGGCCACGGUGAUACAAAGUGCCUCAAUGAUGAUGACCUAUCUAUCGACACUCUCUCGAAGGAUAUAAUAAAAAUAAUAUUUGCUAUGUAUCCGAUGGAGGCUCCGCCAAUUAUCCUUGUGGGCCAUAGUAUGGGUGGAGCUGUAGCAGUACAUGUGGCAUGCAAGCGAACUAUCCCUUCUUUGGCUGGUCUUGUUGUUAUUGAUGUGGUUGAAGGAUCCGCUUUGAGCUCAUUACGUGGCAUGACAGCUUUCUUACGUGGUCGUCCUCAAAGUUUUCUUUCUUUACCUCAAGCAAUUGAGUGGAGUGUUCGGAGUUCGCAAAUACGUAAUGUAAAUUCAGCUCGUGUGUCUUUCCCUGGUCAAUUAAAGCGUAUCACAAGUGGUCAGACUGCAACAAGCGAACUAGAUUCAGGGAUCGCAGUUCUUUCUAAAACUGUUCCGUCUAUUCCUUCCGUAACUUCAACGCUAGAUGGUAGAGUCUCUUCUGUAAGUCGAUUAUCAAGUCAGCCAUUGGUUGAAGAUUCAGAACUAGAUAACUCUAGAAGUUCAGAAAUCAAUUCUGAAAAUAAUUUAGAAGUUGAUCAAAAUUCAACAAGUCUUCCUAGCUUUCAUAAUGAUGCUGACAGUUUACAAUACAAUACAGAAAAUGUAUCGUUGGAUUCAUCUAAGUUUUCCAGUCAGUUUAUUGGAGAAUCUAUUCAUUCAAUAAGUGGUAGUACACUACCUUCUUUUACUGACUCUUCUACUAUUUCAAAACAUUCUGGUUUGGUAACAUGUCAGUCGGAUCGUCCACAGUAUACUUGGCGAAUAGAUUUAAUUAAAACACAACCAUUUUGGCAAGGAUGGUUUUCUGGUUUGUCUAAACUAUUUUUAUCAAUACCUGAACCAAAAUUACUUCUGUUAGCUGAUGCUGAUCGAUUGGAUAAAGAUUUAACCAUUGGACAAAUGCAAGGUAAAUUUCAGAUUCAACUGUUCCCUCGUGCUGGUCAUGCCGUUCAAGAGGAUACUCCAGAUAGAGUUGCGGAAUGCCUGGCUAGAUUUCUAGUACGCAACCGAUUCACUGAAGCUCGUUCAGAUUUGUGAACAAUUAAUUAUCAUAUUGCGGAAUUCCACUAUUCAGUUUUCAUAUAUCGUCGAAUACACUUUCUUCAUGACUGGACGGUCGCUAAUUAAACUUAGUUUUUGUAUUUGUGUAUGUGUAUACAUAAAGCUUUAAUCAUAGUAUUUGUAUAAUUUCUUUUAUAGAAUCCAAUAUUACCUUCUCUCUCUCUCCUUGUAGUGUGGCUAUUCAAAUUCAGUUUGUUUAUUUUCGGAAAUUACUCAAAAUGAAACUGCAAAAUUUCAUGCCAAAAUUAAUUAAUUAAACAAGAAAAUAGAUAAUUAGUGCUCAUUGUUCUUUUUUUUCUUGUUUACUUCUUCCCAUUAUUAGUAUCUGUUUGUGUAUAUCUACUUAUGUAUUGCGUAUAUAUAAACUUUAAUAAUGUUUUAAUGUAUGUGCACGGGUUUCAUUGUACUUCUGCUAUCAAAUUUUUUUAAACUUCAAAAAUGCAAUUGAUUAUUUUUAUUUGUUUAUUGGUAAUUUCUGUUAUCUCAUUUUUCAUUUGACAUGAUGAUUCUUGUAGAUUUUUGAAAAGUGUCAUUAUGACCAACUCUUCGUUCAUUCAUGUAUAGGUGUGUAGCUGCUUCUUUCCUGUUUUUUUUUGAAAAAAAUGAAACACUCAACUUCAUUUUAUUUCUCUCUUGUUUCAGUUUUGUCUUCUCUAAUAACUGACCAUUUUGAAGUAACAACAUCAGUGUCAUCGUAGAUUCGUAUUGAAUGUUUUGGUUUUUUCCUUUGUUGAGCAGAGAAACUAUCUUCAUGAAUGUGUACUCUAAGCUGAGGAUAAUUUUGAAUUGCAUAUAAUUAGUUAUUGUUGUUAUCAUAUUUCCUGUACAAAAUUAUCUUUUUUCGGAGUUUUCCUUGAUUUUCGUAAAUUAGAUAUCUUCAAAGGGAAAAGUGUUCAUCAGUUUGUCAUUAACUGUUUUAUUUAUUCACUUACUAUAUUUGAAGUUGUUUUUUAAAUCUUGGUUAUUGUUGUCUUGUAGUUCUCUUUUUACAGAGUUGUGUUAUUUUAAAUGCUGGUGCUAAUAAACUUUUAUUGUCAAGUCUAUUAUUUAUUUCUGUGUGGUAAUCAAUCACAUUAAAUUUUUCUUUUUGGCUUUUCUUUCUCGUAUAUUUUAUGUUCUUACGUGUAUGUGGUUGUUGAUACGAUUCAGUGCGUUUGUCUACUUUUUUUAUUCGAGGUUUUUACCAUUGUUAUUCUUUCUGUCUCUCUUCUGCUCUUAUCUUUUCGAUUCAUGUAUUUUUACAAAGAAUAUUUCUCGCUGACAAUCAAGAUGAAGUGUUAAUAAAACUAUAAAUGCUAGUGAUUAGCAUCUUGUAUUAUUAAAAUCCGUGUUUUUUUCUUUCUCGUGUUGGUGAUUAACAAAUAAAAUUAUGCGAUUGUUAGUUCAUUUCUGAUAAUCAAUAAUUUCAUAAUGUGUUUGGUUGCU